UCGUUGGAGAGGAAGCUUCCCAAACGCUGAGAGGAUAUUGCAAAAUGCGCUUUCUCAAACAUUCCUGUGACUAUGGAGAAGUGGCACGACAGGGCGGCCAUAUAUGUGCUCUUUAGGGUCCGAUGAAGACACGUUAAACGUGUGCUUGACUCCAGUAUAAAGCGAGUUCUUACUGAAGGGAAUCAUGAUGCUUUGGGAACGACUGUAGAUAUGGGUCGGUCGUCCCUCAUUUUCCUGGUCGCUGUACUUCGGGCAACUGAAUGUGCCGUGAUCUCGAAGGAAACGUUAGGUCCGGAAUCCUGCAAGGAUUACGGACAGGAGUUUGACCGGGCGUACUCGAUCCCGGGUGAAGCGGCGAUACUGGAGUGUCCACUGGAGAUGCAUUAUCUCUUUAAUACUGCAGAAACGGCAUACAACAUCACAUGGUACGAUGAGAGAACGGGCUCUGAGAUCACAGAGCUGGAGCAGAGCAUCAUGCUCAAGAAAACACAGGUGUGGUUCUACAACGUCAGCAUGCAGCAGCAGGGAAAGUACACAUGUGUAGUCAGGACUCAAAGUGAGUGCUACAAACAGGCGACAGAACUGGUGGUGACCGAAAUGACUUCAGAAAACUGUGUGAGACCGCAGAACGGAGUCCAGGGGAUCAAUGCUAAUGUUAACGAUCUCCUCGUCUGCCCUCUGAGGAAAUAUCUAAAGAGCGUGGACAGUCCGUCCAUCCAGUGGUACAAGAACUGUGAGCUCCUUCAAGAAGAUGAGAAGUUUGCUCUAAAUGAAGAUAUACUCCACAUACGCAAAGUGAAUUUCAAUGACGCCGGAUUCUACACCUGCAAAAUGACCUUUCAUUUAGCUGGAGUCGUCCGUGAGAUGGCCGAAACUAUCGAGUGUGAAGUGAAAGAUGAAUAUUUAAAGAAGCCACAAAUUAUCAAGCCAGUUAAUGAGAUCAUCAAAGUGGAGAGGGGUUCAUCCUUCAAGAAGGACUGUGUGGUCAUUGUUCGGGGAAAUGGCUUUCCCAUGGUUAAUGUGCUCUGGAAGGUCCUGCGGGGGUCUGAAGAGGAGUGUAUAUCCCCAAACACAUCACAUCGCAUUCAUCAGAUACCCACGAAUGAAAGCAGAACAGAGGAUGGUUUUCUUCUGGUGCAAACGCUCUUUCUGUCUGCUGUAUGGGAGGAAGAUUUCUAUUUAAACUUCACCUGUAUAGCGUCCAGCAGCCGAGGAGAACCGACCGGCCAGAUCUCACUCGUCCCUGCGGAUGGGAACUUUUUCUUGCUUCUCUGUCUUCUUCUGGGCUCGGUGGCAUUGCUUUUCGUGAUGGGUGUGCUUCUGUGCACCAUAUUCAAGGUGGAGCUGGCCUUGUGGGUCAGGACUGUGUUUCCAUUCCUCUACAAAACCACAGACGGUGAUGGUAAGCAGUAUGAUGCAUACAUCGCCUAUCCCAGAGUCCUCGAAGGCUCAAGCGAAAAGGCUGAGAUUUUUGCGAUGAGUACUUUGCCGCAGGUCUUGGAGGGCCAGUACGGUUAUAAGCUGUUCAUUCUGGGCCGGGAUGGCCUUCCUGGAGAAGCUGUGGUGGAUGUUGUGCAGGAUGCUCUGAGCCGCUGUCGCAGACUCCUGCUGCUCUACACGGCGGCGUCGCUCUGCAGCCCGGAGGCGCAGGAAUGGGCCGAGCAGCAGACGGGUCUGUACCAAGCGCUGGUGGAGGACUCCAUGAGCAUCGUGCUGCUGGAGCUGGAGGCGAUCCGCCAGCCGCUGCGUCUGCCUCACGCCGUGCGCCUCCUCAAGGACAAACAAGGAGCUCUGCAGGCCUGGAAAAAAAGGAAGAGGUGGGCGUUCAGCGAUGGGAAGUCAGAGGACCGCGUGACGUCUCUCCAGCCCUCGGCGCGCUUCUGGAGGGAGGUGCGCUACCAUAUGCCCAUCAGAGGCAAAGCUAAAGAGACAAACUGGUUUAGUUUCUAGACUAACACUAAAUGUGAACACUCAGGGUCAAGUUGUACUGUGUAUAGUGAUUCUGUCACCAGUCUGGAAGUCAAUCUACAGGCUUUUCUGCCAGUAAACGCACACUUUUUUUUUUGUUUGUUUGUUUUUUUAGCAGCCUUUAUUCCAGAAGUUUAUUUUUGGUUUAACCAAAUGAUGAGUCGUAACUUUCUUUAUGACUUUCCUCUUUUUUUUGGUUACUGAGAAGAAAAACUAGACAAGGCGAGGCCAAAAUUAAUACUUUUUUUUAAUUAUUAUUAUUCAGCAAGGAUGCAUUGGAUGAAAAGUGACAGUAAAGACGUUUAUAAUGCUACAAAAAUUUCUAUUUCAAAUUCAAGUGUCUUUUCAG